CUGAGCUGUGAUUUAAUUGAGCAAUUGAAGCAGUGUGCUUCCUUACAUUGAGCAAACUUGAUAUUUACCAAUUAACUGCAAGACUCGAGGCAACAAAAUGAACUAAUGUACAUUUGAGACCAGGCGGCCUUUGGAAGGACUUCGCAAAAUUUAGCACAACUGUGACACAGCUCGAGAAAAGAUAUCUUUCACGUUUCGUCUCAACGUCAAACAGUAAAAGGUGUUCUUCACCCAACAGUCAUGUACGAAAUUUCAUUCGUUGACGAUGACUCCGAGGAUUUCAGGAUCCAGGACUUGCUGGGCGAGGGUUCUUUCGCUCAGGUUUACAAAUGUGUGGAAACCAAGUCACAAACCGUGUUCGCUCUGAAAGAAUUUGACCAGAAACACAAGGAAUUUGAUGAGAAAACUGUAGAACAAGAGGUACUUGUUUGGACUGAUGUUGUGCACGAGAACAUCGUUCGCUUGUACGCCUCCUUUGCCACAGGAUCUUACAUGUACUUUGUCCUGGAAUACGUGGACGGGGGAAGCCUUUUUAAUCACAUGAUGCAAAGGCACAAAUAUAGCGAGAAAGAAGCUGCGAACAUUUUGAAACAGGUACUUGAAGCCCUUCAUUACCUUCACAAGAAACGAAUCGUCCAUCGAGAUGUCAAACCGGAUAACCUACUGAUCAAACAGGUUCCAGAUACCGCUGGCAAAUCCAAACAGCACCCAACAAUCAAGUUAUGUGACUUCGGAUUUGCUUUCAAACUCCCACCUGGUGUUGAGGUCACGUGCUGUCCUCCGCGGGGCGCGCCGAUGUUUUUGGCGCCAGAAACAAUUCUCGACAAUCCAAUUGGUCGACCUGUGGAUAUGUGGUCCACGGGUGUACUUCUUCACCUCUUAGUGGCGGGCUAUCCACCAUUCUGGCACGAUAACAGCGAGAAAAUGUUACUGGCGGCAGUGCGAGGCCAGUUUAGUUUAACUACUCCCACUUGGAACAAAAUUUCUAAGUCCUGCAAAGAUCUGGUCAAAUGUAUGCUUGCAGUGCAGACAUCCCAGCGUAUCACGGCUGUCGAGGCUUUAAGACAUCCUUGGUUUUUUAAGUUAUCGGAGUUGGACUCACCACGCCCGCGAAGGAAACACAGUAGUGAGCUGUCGAAAAGUUGUCGGCUGACAGAGAAGCUCAAGUGUACGAUCAGCGAGAUGCACUCAAGCAUGAAGCUGCACCGCUUGGGUCUCGAUCCUUUGAAAGGAAAAUUUUCCCCGCUAUAUCACUCAGCCAUGAAUCUGUCUGAGGUUAGCAGAUGACAGCAGCUGCGUUUGUCUCGUACAGUUAAAUUUGUUCACGCUUAACAGUUCGGCAUCUCAUGACAAUGUUAACAGAUACGUUAAACAUUGGUAUCGAGGUCAGACGUUCUCCCUCCUGGGGAGCGCUACGAAGUCUUGACAGUCCUAUUUGUCCACCUGCGGGGUUAUGGUCUACCGGUGUUUCCCCCUUACUCACUCUUGAGAGAAUGAUUCCCUUUAAAGUCCAGUCUCGUUUCUCGUCGCUGUGCUUGACCGGGGAAGCCUAAGUUUAGGAGCUUGAAGCCAAGUGGGAAGGCCCGGCUUCACAUGCGCGCUUGAUGGCUGAAUUUUUCAAACGUUUUCGCUUCAUAUUCAAGUUUAAACACCAGGUAUAACCAGUUUCUGCACAAAUCAAUGUCUUGAUCGUAUGCUUUCAUGUACAAUAGAGAAUGUUAAUGAAGUUGAAUAUCAAAAUUUUGCUCAUUAGACAGCGUCUAUAUUUCCUCUGAAAUUCCAAAUCAUGGGAUAGUCCGGUGAUGGGACAUACCAUUUCAAGAUGAUGGCUAGAGAUGAGCAGGCAUGUAGAUGGGGCUGGUCGCAGUUGCCCAAAUUAUUUCACAUUACAAUGGCUACACCUUUACCACUUUAUCAUUUUGUUAUAGGCAGAUAACUUGAGUGUUCUUACCUUGACAUUAGUGAUUGUUUAACUAGUUUAAUGAUCAGAAUAGUAAUCUUGGGGUGGAAUUUAGAAGUGUGACCAACGUCUUCCUUUCGAUUCUUAAAAAUCAACUCCUAAAUGGUUCCAGAGAACCACAAACGAAAAGAGCUCAAAAAGUGACGAUAAACUUGUUUGUACUUCAAAUUACGCAUUUCAACUCACUUUUCAAAUUGAGGAUGCAAAGAUUAUUCUGCUACUAAGCAAACAAAACAACAAAAAGACGUUUGACUGUAACCCUACAUUGUUAAAUAAUAAAAAAUUCAAAUAUCUGUCACUGUGUCUACCUUCUUCUACAUUCUCUUAAUGGUUACAACAAUGAUUGCAUUGCCCUCUUUGUGGGACAUGACAUAAACAACCAACCACAAUCAACAAACUAAAAACACCAGAUGGGUAGAGAAGCAUGUCUCCUUCACUUAUGACAACUUCACAGCUGCUAAACCAAAUGACUGUA